GAUAGGAGUCGCUCUUUCAAUGAAGUUGCGUCUUCGUGAAGACUUGUCUGUCGCUGUAGGUCAACUUUUUCGUUUUUAAUUGAUAAACAAAAAUGUGCUCGACUGAGAAUUUGAGAGAGUUUGUCGUCGAGCGGCUGACUGCUGCUGCUGAAGACAUUUUUGGAGUUUUUCAGAGAACUAUCGUCGAGUACGAGGCAGAGAUCGAUCGCCAGCGCAGACUGCUGGAUACCGUUCAGAAACCUCACGUCGAUUUACAAAGAACAGAUGUCCCACAUCAACAUGAGUGUAAAGAGGAGGAGGUUGUGUUUGACCAGGAGAGGAACUUCAGUCUGGACCAAGAGGAGCCAGAGCCUCCACAGAUUAAGGAGGAACAGGAGGAACUCUGCAGCAGUCAGGAGGGACAGGAGAUCAUAGUGAAGCAGGAGACCGAUACAUUCAUGUGGACUCCUACUCAUGAGGACAGUGACUACAGUGAACCUGAACAACAAAAUGAACAGAAUGUCCUCUCUCACAACUCCCAUGUCAAUGAGGAUCAAGAUCCACAUGGAAGCCAGCAUAAUGACUCAGAUUCAAGUGGAACAUCAGAACCAACACAAAAGAAAAGACUUGGGAAGAGAAAAAAUCCAAAAACUAAAAAUCCAGAGACUGAAUGUAAUCCUCAGCAAAGUCAAAAGUCUUUCAAAUGUGACACAUGUGGUGAAGAUGUUAAGAGCAAGUCAGAAUUACAGGCACAUCAGCGUGUCCACGAUGGUAAGGAGACGCAUUCAUGCAAGUUUUGUGGGAAAAUGUUCAGCUACAAGUCAGAUUUGACUACUCAUACAAGAUCCCACACAGGUGAGAGGCCAUUUUCAUGCAAUACAUGUGGAAAAAGUUUCUUUAGGCAGGCACAUCUGAAUGCUCAUUAUACAGUUCAUACACAUGAAAAGCCGUUUACAUGCAAAACAUGUGGUAAAACUUUUAGAGGUAAAGGUGAGUUGAAUAGUCACAUGAGAACUCACACAGGUGAAAAGCCGUACUCUUGUGAUACCUGUGGGGCAACAUUUGCUCUGAAAAGUAAUUUAAAUCAGCACACAAGAAUUCACACGGGUGAAAAACCAUAUCCCUGCGACAAAUGUGGUAAAUCUUUCAGAUAUAAAAGCGUGUUAAAUAUUCAUAUAAGAUCACACACUGGUGAGAGACCUUUCUCCUGCAACACAUGUGGAAAAGGAUUCAUUCAGAUGAAACAAAUGAAAAUUCACAUGAGAGUACACACAGGUGAAAAGCCUUACUCCUGUGUUACCUGUGGGGCGACCUUUACUCAGAAGAUUCAUUUGAAGCAGCACAAAAGAAUUCAUACAGGUGAAAAACCAUAUUCUUGCAAAGAAUGUAACAGAUCUUUUGCACAUUCAGAUGUCUUAGCAGUUCACAUGAGAAGAGCUCACACAGGUGAGCGCCCAUACCUCUGUAAGAUCUGUGGGAAAAGAUUUUUUGCCUGUUCUGAUCGUUCACAGCACAUGAAACUACACACAGACAAAUAGUCAUGUGUACACAGAUGUGGUGGAGAUGAUUACCAUUAAUAGAUUGUUGUAUCUCUGUGUUAAACAUUAAAAGUAUACCUUUCAAAGGAGGUUCACAGUGCCUCAGUGCUAUUCAGAUGUUAGAAGAUGUCUGAAUGAUGGUUUUGCCUUCAGUCGUCCUUUAAUGUAUUUUUGUAUUUCAUUGUUGUGUCUGAAUUUGUGGGAUUAUCUUUCCAAUGUUUCAUGUAUUUUAUGCCUGGCUGCAAAGGAAACUCCCUUAGAAGACAAUAAAGUUGAAG